UCAUAACAUUUACCAUUGAUUAUUUACUCGUAAUACGUAAUCCAUUGCACAUUUAUUGUUAUUCUAUGAUUAAUAUAACGUGGUUAUUAUAAUUUUGUGUUGGUUAAUUUAUUAAUUGUUUCUAUUACUUACUCUCAUGCGGUGAAAGCUGUGUUUUCGUUAAGAUUUUAGAACCUAUUGUAAGCAGUUAUGUCAAAUAUUUCUGAUAAAAAGAUGUUUAAAAAAAACAGAAAUGGGUAGUCGUCAUAUUUUCUAUGAACAAAGACUAUAGUGUUAUACCUAUUAAUUGGCUUUUAGAGACAGACAUUGAUAAUGUAUCUAGUAGUUCUGUAAAGUAUUGUUACUGGCCACCCUUCAGAGUUACUAGUAUUCAUUUAAAAGAAGCCACAGAUCCAGAUCCAUCUUGGCAACAAUAUCAAAUCAAAGUCGUUGGUGGUAACAAGACUUAUGGUAAUUUCAAUAAGGCCUGGUACAAACGAGUAGAAGUGGAAUCAACUGAUACUGAAAAUGUUUUAAAUGAUCCGUUCCUUUCAAAAAAAAAAAAUAUCUUUGACAGUAGUGACAGUGAUAAUGAAGAUUUUUGUUACACUGUUAUACCUAAUAUUCAAGGGUCAUCAAUGUUAGGAACUUUCCCUAAAGAGUCAUUGCAAACAUCUUCAACAGUCAAUAGUGCUUCUGUGUCAUCAGCAGUAGCCUUCACUUCCUACAAAGAAAAUAGUUACACUAAUUUGGAACCUUUAACAUUGUUUGAUUCAAAUUCUAUAGCAUCUAUGAUACAAGAUUCAGAUUACAUGCAUUCAUUUUUAUCAAAAACAAGUGAAUCUUCAAAUUCAGUAUCACAGGUACCUACACAGAAUGAAGAAUCUAUGGCAUCUCAAAAUCAACCCUUUCCAAAUACUAUUGAGAAUUCAUCUGAAGGAGGAAUUCAUAUAUUGUUCAAACAAAUUUAUGAAGAAUUGAUAGCUAAUCGUAUGAUGAAUAAGAGACUUUGUAAUAAGAUUGAUAGUUUAAAAGAUGAUGUCAAAAAGUUUACCAGUCAAAUGGUACCAACAUUAGGUUUUUCAAAUGAUACUGAAGAUAUGUCAUUUAUAUCACAGUUUCCAUUGUCAUCUAAAGAAAUUACUGUUGAAUGUGAAAAAGUGUUACAGAUUGAUUGUAAUAUUAAAAAGAAAUUGGAAAAUAUGUUUUGUUCAAUUGGCGGUAAUGAUGGUAAGACACAUCUUCGACGUAUUUUGUCCAAAGCAUUUAAUAACAAAUUUGCUAUCGACUGUUCUUGGACUGGAAGGGCUUUUGAAAAAGAUAUCACAAAAUUCAAAAUCAAAGAUUUACUGAUAAUUAAUUUAAUGAAGGUGUUGUUAACAGUUCGCAAACGCAUUAAAGAUAUCGGAACAAUAUCUCAACGUCAGUUUCAGAGGCGCAUUGAAAAUAAAAUAUUACAAUUACUACAUAAUAAUCCAGCAAUAACUAAACAUUCCAAUAUUCAGUCUUCAUCACAAGUAACAAAUUCUAACACUAUUAAAAGUGUUUUCCGAUAAAGAAAUUAAUUCCACAAAUUGUAUUGAAUCAUGCAAUACUAAUACUAUAGAUAUUUUAACUAAUAAUGUGCAGACUAAUCAAAUUCAAAAUUUCAUUAAUUUUUUAGCUCAUUGAAGACUGUACAACUAGUCUGAUUAAAGAUAAAAAUAAAGAUCUAGUAGAACAUCUUCGAAAAAUGGGCAGUGCAGUUCAACGUAUCUCAUGCGUGUGCUAAUGAAAUGCUGAACAUUUUGAGAAGUACAGGUAUACAAGUUCCUAAAGAUGUUCGAACAAUUCUGCAUAAA